CGCCUCAGCAAGGGUCAAGCCACGCCUGACUAAGUAUGUUUCCCAUGAAGAAGGACACCAAGAAUAUAGGUGGCAGUACGCCAUUCUCCAAGAGUUCAAUGAAAAGGCUUCUUAUUUCACUUACGCUCGCUUUCCUUGUGCUGUCAAUGCUGUAUAUUUGGUUUCGGCCUCAACAGCAAAUACUAAUCUACAACUACUAUAAUUCCAGUAAAGGGGGAAAUCUCAAUAGUCAGGCUGUAGUCACUAAUGCUGCACCACUGAAGUUUUACAGCCAAGAUGAAUCCUUGGUCGACCUUCUAGGAAACCUAACCUUCAAGAACUAUGGUAUUGUCAAGAGUACUGAUAGUUAUGUAUGGCGAGAGAUCCCAAUCUUGUAUUUGGAGGCACAGAAUGUGUCAGGUCCAUAUUUGGGCUGGGCUGACACACACCAAGCUAACUAUUUGUUUCUAGAAGUAUCGGGUCCAUAUCUGACCAACCCUCCAUCUGGAAUGAGAAGUAGUGUACCAUUAGGAGGUAUUUCCACUGGCAAUAUUGAACUUCGUGGUAAUUUCUAUACCAAUCUAUUCAAGGAUUCAGUAGAUGUAGCUCAGAAGCUAGGCAGUGACCUUAGCACUACAGUAUCAGAUAUAGCCAACCUCCAUACUCCAUUUAUGAAAUCAUCUUUACCCAUAACACUCCAAGACAUGCUCAUCAACAGUCUCUCUCAUGUGAGGUCUGCCUUUUGGUUAAAUGAUGGUAGAUGGAGGCAGUGGGAAGCAUAUGACUGUGUCAAUAUAGAUUCUGUCCACAAUGAUGGAGAACGUCAUAUUCCCUACAUCUCUAUCUUUCCAAACAGCACCAUCAGCAAAUUGUAUGCCUGGGCAAAGUAUCAAGAGUCAAAUGGCAUGAUUCAAGAGCAGCUACGUUGUGGAUGUAUGACAAUGACUGACAAAUCACCAAGAGUUGAUUCUGGUUGUGGUCGAGCCAUGUGUGAUGUAUCCUCCAUGUUCAUUGUAUAUCUGCUGGAGCUCCUCACCUGGCAUGAUGACCCGUACUCACAACAGGUUGUUAGGGACUUGUAUAAUGCCUCAAAGAAAGCUGCACAGUGGCACAUGUCUGUCAGCACUGCUGAGGGCAUUCCUCUCCAUCUGGUGGACACAUAUGAUAUAGUGAACUUGGCUGCUUAUCCUUAUGACACAUACAGUGGUAGUUUCCACUUACUGGCUAUGAAAGCUGCAGAAACUUUGGCUUAUGCAAUGGGUAUGUAUUUGCCAAUAAAUGCACUAAUGAUUGUAACCUUGAACUUUUGCUGUAUUUUUAUAGUAGCUUACACACAAAGCUUUCCAUAAGAUAAUUAUAGCACC